AUGAUUUAUGUUAAUCUUUUUGAUGAAAAUCAAAAAAAUGAUUUAGAUAAUAUUUCAUGUUAUUGGCAAUAUUUUUGCCAUGAAAAUUUUCAUUUUUGCCAAUAUGGAUGUAGUUUGACGAAAAAAUUAAAAAAGGGGUAUAAUUUGUUAAAUACAAACCCUUUGCAAGAAAACUGUUUUGUCAAUAUCGAAUGCGACGACUAUGAUAUUUAUUUCGAUACAGAAGACCCGACAUAUAUCUUUUUUUUCUCUAACACAUUCUUUCGAAUCACUUCAGAUUCUACAUUAUAUGUUAAUUUAUAUAAAGAGAAUGAAAAUGAAAGAAAAGGGUCUAAGAGCCAAAUUGGAAAAGCACAAAGCUCACUCAAAAAAGAUGAUUAUAAUAAAUGGAAUACCAAAAAAAAAAAGAAAUAUACAAAUAAUAAAAUAAUUAAUAAAUUAAAAAAUUUUAUAUCACAGAGAUUUAGAAAAGAAUUAAUCAAGUUAUUAAUUUUUUUUAUUAUUGUCUAUUUGAUAUUUUUAUACCUAUUUAUAUAUACCUAUUUACAACGGAAACGGUGA